AUGGAGAAAAGCUGGAAGCACUGUUCUUCGAUUUUUGCAGACGGUCAUGCUAGAUCCAGUGCUCUUGGACAUUUGAAAAUAACUGAUGUGCAUACUGGGGGAUUAUUUGUGAGGCUCAUGAACUCUUCCCAAGACAAAGAAUUGGCGAUUGGAAAUCAUUAUCUCCAGCAGAACUUGAACAACCACAAAGUUGCCUCGUACCAGUUCCCUCCCAAUCUUAUAAUGCCGGCCAAGUACACUGUCACCGCGAUUGCCUGGUACACACCUAUUCACUGGAAGCAAACAUGGGAGAAAUUAGAGACCGACACUGAAUUUAACAGAAGCUCAACUGGACCAUCUCAAAAGAGCACAGUCUACCUUCCAACAUCCAUCGUCCCAAUAACUAAAGGAAAACAAGAUCAACAAGAGAAAGGGACCUCGUCAUGGCAGGUGAAGUACAUUCCAGCCCUUCAGAGGGUAAAAGAAAUCCCACCAACCCUUUUUCCCAUUCGAAGCCCUUGGUGUCACAGUCCCGAUACCCCUGGACAUCCCUACAAUCCUCUGACUGAACUGUACAGAGCACCCAACGCUAGACCCCGCAGGGCCACAGGGUGUAGACAUCACUCAGCCUGGCCUGCUGCAUUUCCAUUUCCAGGAAUCAAAUAACACCUCCUCUCUGGUCUAGAAGUACUCUGUAUUUGGGACCAUUCAAUGCACCACUGCGUCCACGUGAUAUGCCAGCUUUGUAAAGCAGAAU